CUCUGUUUUUCCCAAGGGUAUCACAUCACAAAAAUCAUCCCAAAAGAAACAGAGAGAAUGGUGGUGUGGGAAGAUGUUUACAAGGUGGCGGAGGCCAUGGCACCGCUCUACGUAGCCCUGAUACUGGGCUACGGAUCGGUCAGGUGGUGGCACAUGUUUACGCCGGACCACUGCGGCGCGAUAGACCGCUUCGUUUGCUAUUUCAUCCUCCCUCUCUUCACCUUUGAGUUCACGGCCACCGUCGAUCCUUUCGCGAUGAACUACCGCUUCAUCGCCGCAGACGCCAUCUCCAAGUGCAUCGCGGUGGCAGCAGUUGGAUUUUGGGCCAAGUGUAGUAGUAGCCAUGGAAGCUGGGGCAUAACAAGUUUUUGUUUGGCUACAUUGAGCAAUACUUUGGUUGUAGGGGCUCCACUGAUGAAAGCCAUGUAUGGUCGGCUGGGGCUUGACCUUGUGGUUCAGGCUGCAGUGGUCCAGGCUCUGGUGUGGUUCUCUUUUCUUCUGUUUGUCUUGGAAUUUAGACAUAGUCGGACCGAAGAUGAUCAAUUCUUCGUGGCAGAAAAGAGCACUAUCGCAAAUACUGUCGAAGAUGCCCGUGUUCUUGAUGAAGGGAAAGACUUGGAAGGAAAUCGUAACAGCAAUGCUCUGGAGGUUGAUCUGAAAACUACGACGACUAGGCAGCCGCUGUCAUUCUGGUCGUUGAUGAAAGUUGUGUUGCGAAAGCUCGCCAUGAAUCCAAACUCUUACGCUUGUUUUCUUGGAAUCACUUGGGCAUUCUUUUCGAACAGGUUUCAUUUUAAGAUGCCUAAUAUCGUUGAAGGAUCGAUACUGGUCCUGUCAAGAGCCGGAACCGGCACUGCCAUGUUUAGCAUGGGACUAUUCACUGGAAUGCAAGAGAAAAUAAUUGCAUGUGGUGCUGGCCUAACCGUGUUCGGUAUGGUUUUGAGGUUCGUUGCUGGACCAGCACUGAUGGUUAUCGCGUCUAUAGCCGUUGGAUUGCGGGGCAAUGUCCUACGUAUAGCCAUCAUUCAGGCCGCAAUGCCGCAAUCCAUCACGACCUUCAUAUACGCGAAGCAAUACGGAUCGCAAUUACAUGCUGACGUGCUCAGUACCGCGGUAAUCUUCGGAACGAUGGUUUCGCUCCCGGUGCUGAUGGCUUAUUAUGCAGCUAUAGAGUCUUUGCAUUGAUCGUUCCGUUGCCACUUUAAUUUGUCGAUUAAUUGUUCGAGAACUUACUUGCUGCAUGUAUUUGUCCGAGGAGGCCAAUCUGUACAGGGCUUUGUUUCGGUUUUCAGAUUUAAUUGCCUCCCCUCUUUUUCCUGACUAGAUUAGCCGGUCUAUUGGACUAGAUACCAAGUUAUCAGAAAAAAAAACAAUGUAAUCAUCUUGGGAGCAUGGAAAAUUCCGAUAACUAAUGGAAGUAACCAUGUGUUGAAUUUGGGAGCUCAAGUUCCUAUUCAGCUAGAUAUAGUAAAUGUAUCAUGAUUUUGAUUCAGCAAAACUAUAUUCAUGAGAUUGACUGA